AUGGGGAAUCAACUUGUCAUACCUUCGCAGGCUGAUUGGUAUGAAGAGCCCCUACGCAAAAUGAAGAUUACUGUGAAAAAUUCGAUAGAUUCUGGUACUUUUUUGCUGACUUUAGACUGCGUAAAUCAAUAUAAUGAGCCAUUAAUCGUAAAAGCAUACGAAUAUACAGAAUCUUUAGAGAAAGGCAAUUUAGGUGUCGAUAAUUCACGCAAAUAUUUCAAUCAUCUUACCGAUAAAAUUCAAGCAACUCAAUGUAUUAUUGAUUAUUCAAACAUUAUCAUCAAUGAUCGAUAUGCAUUCCUCAUCAGACCAAAAAAGCAAUAUACUUUACCACAGCGUCUUGAAGAAUACCCAAGAUUAGAAGAAAUAGAAAAAAGAUGGGUAGUUUUUCAAAUAUAUUCAGCGAUCUCAUCACUACAUUCCAUAAACUUAGUACAUGGAGCUCUCAAUCCCGAUAACAUUUUUGUUGAUUGGGACAUCAGUACUACUGUCGGAGAUUUAGCUCCAUUCAAACCAACCCAAAUAAGGGCUGAUAAGCCUAAUGUGUAUCACCAUUACUUUUCUACAUCAACAAGGAAUGGUUGCUACUUAGCGCCAGAGCAAAUUAUCACUGAAGAUAAUGUUUUGGAUCCAUUAUUCUUCAGUAACUUAAAAAUUUCGGCCGAUUUGUUUUCCAUAGGCUGUAUAGUGUAUUAUCUAUAUACAGGCACUCAUCUUUUUAACUUUUCGACUUUGAUUCAAUUCAAAGAAGGAAAAUUCAACUUAGAUGCAAAACUCCAAGCAUUACCAGAUAAAAUUAGGAAUUUCGCACGUACGUUACUCGAUAUUGACCCCAAUUCUCGUCAAGAAGUCAAUACAUCUCUUUCAAAAUAUUUUCCACCAUGUUUUCGUCAAAUUUUCGACCAAUUCAUCGAAUUUUCUACCAACGAUGGCUCCCUUACCCAUCUUGUCACCAUGAUUCCUGUAUUCGAUGCUAUGGUUGACGACCAAGACGUAAAAGUCCGCGUAAUCUUGACGAAUCUCUUCGCUCCUUUCAUUUUGACAUCGGACGAUUAUUCCUCGGUAAUAACGUUCUCUUACUUUUUGGCCGAAUUCGCUUCUGUCCUGUCAGAAGAAAUUAUUUUGUGUAGAAUCCUUCCGAACUUCAUCGGAUUGCUUUCCAUCGAGAAUAAUACGAUCAAGACAACAGGUCUCCGCUGUAUUGUGAAGCUUUUGGUCGCUUGUAAAACGAUUAAUAAUGAUCUUGCUUCAAUUAUCCAGAAUUACUUGAUUUCAGAGGUAAAUACAUUAGCCCACAAGGGUAAUAAUCAAGUAAGAAUCGCCGUUGCUGAGACAGCUCCUAAAUUAAUCCAUGAAAUUUUGAGAUUAAUUCCAGAUUUCAUUACAGACGUACAAUCAGUGCUUAACUUCAUUAUAAGUGAAUCAGAUCCAUUAGUCAUACAAGCUUUCCUCUACGGAUUGAACGAAUGCUGCGAAAAUGGCGUAAAAUUAUUAGAAAAUUUAUUCCCGAUACUUUUAUCGUCAUUUAACCAUAGCGUUAUACAGUACAAAGCAGGAAUUCUCCAAACAUUCAUGAAAUACUACGAAGUCAACACUUCUUUGCAAGAUCAAAAAACAAUGAUGAAAUUACUCAAAAGUUUAGCGCCUGCAACCAUCGGAUUCCUACAGCACGAGACUAAUCCUGAAAUGAGAAACCAUUUCCUGGCAUUUCUGGACUGGUACAACCAACAAAAAUUUAUGGAUGAGGAUAUGAUGAGCGACAUCUUCACGGCAAUAGGAAAUUUGGUUGAUUCCAAGGAUGCUAUGACCCAAUACUACGUUAAUUCUAUUGUUUCCCGCUUGCCAGAUCGAUAUAAAGAAGUUAUGUUGCCACAUUUCGUUCUGAGGUCCAUAAACAAACAUGGUUCUGUCCCUACUUUACAGGAAAUAUCCGAAAAGUUCUCUAAAUUGUCAGAGCCGAACAUUGUAGCUCAUAAAUUAAUUUCCUCAAAGAGAACGAAACUGAAUCCUAAGUUUUUACUAUCUACAAGGGUUUCCAAGUAUCCUAUCCGUGAUUUGGCCACAAUUUCCUCAGAAUCCAUUGCUGCAUUAACAAAAGAAGGAAUUUCUAUUUUAUCUUCGACAUCUACUGACAAUGUUCACAAGAUUCCUUGCCAGUAUAAAUCCUUCUGCUCAUUGGCCGGCAAAAACAGCUUGGUUGUCAGUGAUUUGAAAAUGACAUCAAUAUUAGACGUCGCAACUGAAGAAACAACCGAAUUCUGCAAAGGGGUACACAGAAUUCUCAAGUCUAUAUCAUCCACAUCCUUCAUUGGUGCUUCUAAAGGCGUAAUUGCGCAAUACGACACAAGAGUACCGAAAGUUAUUAGAUAUUUAACAUUUAAUGACUUAACUGUUGCCGAUGUAUGCAAAUGGAGUGCUUCUCCUAUCAUUGGCGUCGGUUUUAAAGAAGGAAUUGUAGAUAUCAUUGAUUUGAGAGCUUGGACACCAUCAUCGAUGGUUGUUACGCCACCUGUAGAGACUGUUACACCAAUUGCAGGUGGAACUUGUUCGAUUUUCGUGUCUUCGUCACUUGAAAAUUCUGCAAUUUUCGAUUGUUCGUCGAAUUCGAUGCUAGCUUCUAUAAAUGCUGAUGGACUUGCAGUUGGAUAUUGCGGGAGAGCUGUUUUGGCUGGAAAUAGAGGUACUUUCUUUAUAGAUUUGCAAGGAAGUUACAGAUUAAACGAAAAUUCUUACUCCGGAGAAAAAGCAAUUCCACUUCCAUUUGCAGACAAAUUGUUCGACUGCAGCGGAGUCAAUUACGCUGCAACUCUCCACGGACACACUGCUAGAAUCACUUCUAUCGCGAAAGAUAAGAGAUUUUUCACUGGAGAUGAAGUUGGAUUUGUCAAUAUUUGGUCUGUAACUGACUGA